GAGGCUCGUGUCGCCUUCUGAUGACGCAGUGAGACGCCAGUAAAUGGCUCUCAUGCGAGAACCUGAGAGAGAGAAGGAAGAUUACAGGCGAAGGGAGAAAGACAUUCUCCUCUUGUUUGAUCGCUUUUUUCCCCAAUGUAUGUGAGGCUUGUCUCCAGGUUUUUUUCAGCGAUGGCUGGACCGAGGCCUGUGGUGAUGAGUGGACCGUCUGGAGCUGGCAAAAGCACUCUGCUGAAGAAGCUGCUCAAGGAGUUCGACGGCGUCUUUGGCUUCAGCGUUUCCCAUACGACGCGAAGCCCCCGUCCAGGAGAGGAGAACGGCAAAGACUAUCAUUAUGUUAGCAGGGAAGUGAUGACGGCAGCCAUAGCAAAUGAUGAAUUUAUCGAAAAUGCUGAAUUUUCAGGGAACAUGUAUGGAACAAGUAAAGCAGCUGUACAGGCUGUUCAGGCCAAAAAUAGGAUUUGCAUUUUGGACAUUGACAUGCAGGGAGUGAAGAACAUCAAGAGAACUGAUCUCAACCCCAUCUAUGUGUCCAUCCAGCCUCCGUCAAUGGACAUCCUGGAAAAACGAUUAAGGGAUAGAAAAACUGAAUCUGAGGAAAGUUUACAAAAGCGUUUACAUGCAGCCAAAGUUGAUAUGGAAAUUAGCAAAGAGCCAGGUUUAUUUGAUGUGGUGAUCAUCAAUGAUGACCUCGACGCGGCGUACAGGAAAUUAAAAGACGCUGUUCUUGAGGAGAUCCAGAAGGUCAGAGAUGCCAAACACUCGUAGACGAGAGCACACCUGCUAAACACAGACCUGUCGGUUCACCUCCAGCUUCAGAAGAACGAUUUCAGACCUCUACAUUCCACAGAGAAAGACUUUCUGAGGCUCAGUCCAUACUCCAACACUGCUGAAUGUCAUAUAUCUAUCUAUCUAUUGGUAUACGGUGCAGGCUAGUUCGGAAACAUGUAGAUUUCACCAAGAAACACUCUAAAAUCAUUAUUUCUGUUUUGAUAUUUCUUUUACUUUGACGUGUGACCCUGGAGCACAAACCAGUCUUAAGUGUCAAAAUUCCUAAAUUUAGAUGUACAUCGUCAGAAAGCUGAAUAAAUCAUCUCUCCGUUGAUGUAUGGUUUAUCAGGAUCGGACAAUAUUUAUCUGAGAUACAGCUAUUUGAAAAUCUGGAAUCUGAGGGUGCAAAAAUAUCUAAAUAUUGAGAAAAUCAUCUUUAAAGUUGUCCAGAUGAAUUCUUAGCAAUGCAUAUUAUGCAUCAAAAAUUAAGUUUUGAUAUAUUUAUGGUAGGAAAUUUACAUUAUCAUGGAACAUGAUCUUUACUUAAUAUCCUAAUGAUUAUUGUCAUAAAGGAAAAAUCAACAAUGUAUUUUUGGCUAUUGCUACAAAUAUACUUAAGAGACUCAAGACUGCUUUUGUGCUCCAGGAUCACCUUUUUUUUUUAUGAAAAUAGAGAUUUUAUAUAUCUAACUAGCAUGUUCACCAAUUUAUUGUUGUUGUUUUUUCUAUGCUGAUAUUUUAUAAUAACUCAUUCUUUGCUGUCGUAAACGACGCAGCUUUCCAUUUGCAAUGUUAACUCAUUCAGAGCUAUUAUCUGCACAUAUGAGCAGUGUGCUACACCUGCUUUCAUUCAUAUAAUUGCAUCUGAACGUCUGACAUCGUAUAAGUCCAGGAAAGCUUGGUUUCUUAACUAAUAACUCGUUCUUAAAUGAUGGAAGUGGCUGCGUCUCAUCUGCUGGUGUCUUGAAAUGAGUAAUCAUGUUUUGCAAACACAUUACAUGCAUUUAGCUUUGUAAAUAAGAUCAUAUUUCACUUUAAUAUGUUUUGAAAGUUUAUAAAGAGUUUCAGUGUACUUCCAAACACAGCCACGAGUCUUUAGGUAGCUUUAGGACACAUUAUUAAGGCUUUUAGUCUUAUACAGCUGAUCUUUAGUAGAUCUACAGAUAGUUCCAGCAAUUCUGUUAAAUGUGUCCUUCAAAUAAUCUGAAAACCAAAAUAAUACAUAAUUGUAAUCUAUAGAUUUCUAGCUCUAUUCAUGUUUUCUUCUUACCGAAUUUGAACUACAUUAGAUUGUUUUUUUAGAUUGUUUAUUAACAAUUGAAACAUAAUAAAAGUAACAAACCUAAACAAGCGAUUGUGUCAUUUGAUCUACUGAAACAGAGUAUAAAAGUGAUUUCACAUGAUAAAAUACUCAAAUUAUGAGCUGAAAUGUGGUUCUAGUCCAUCUGGUGUAAUGUGUAACAAUAGUGUUGAGUUUAAAAUAUGCUCUUGUGCAUCAGAAGGAAGUUUAUAUUUGUUUCUCCCAUAUGACAUCUCAAUUUUAAAUAUGGUUGAAUGUGUGGCCAGGCUUCAGAUUUCCUGGUUUGCUGUCUCUUACAAGCCUGCAGAACCUGUUUUGUUUUGUAUUAUUCAUGGUUUGUGGUGUGUGUGUGUGUGUGUGAAAUCUGAGGAAUGCAGUUGAUGCCUCAAAACAAUGUCUAAACUAAAAGUCACUGUUAUCUUUUUUUAUUAUUAUUCUAAACCUAUAUACAUGUACUGUGUAAGGCUAAUAAAUCUAACCUGUUACAGUGCAGUGUGCAGCUGAAA